CGUGUGUGGGGCGCGGGCGGCGCUGCCGGCACCAUGGAGUCGCCCUUCAGCCCGGGGCUCCCUCCGCGGCCGGAGGAGUACUGGGAUUCUGCUUUGUUUGCUGAGCUUGGCUGUUUCACGGACACUGGUGACCUGCACUUGGAUGCCACAGAUGAAACCUACGAAAACAAUUUUGAUACCCUUGAUUUUGACUUGGAUUUGAUGGCUUGGGAGACAGGCAUUUGGGACAUGAACAACCAUUUCUGUACAGUUGCAGAUAUUAAGGCAGAACCUCAGCCAUUUUCUCCAGCCUCCUCCAGCUGUUCGCUGUCGUCCCCUCAGUCAGUGGACUCUCCUUCUUCAAUCCAGCACGUCCCCGAGGAGCUGGAUUUGUCCUCCACCUCCCAGCUGUCUCCCCCUUCCCUCUAUGGGGAAGGCACCAGCGGUCCCUGCCCAGCCGAGCCACCAAAGGAAGACGAGCCCAUCGCGGGUCCCAGGAGCAAAGCAGAAAAUGGACUGACUCCAAAGAGAAAACUUCAGAUGAAUUCAAAACCUUCCGUUCAGCCCAAGCCUUUAUUGCUUCCAGCAGCACCGAAGACUCAGACGAACUCCAGCAUCCCGGCGAAAGCCAUCAUUAUCCAGGCACUGCCCACACUGAUGCCGCUGGCCAAGCAGCAGCCGGUUAUCAGUAUACAUCCUGCGCCCACUAAAGGUCAGACCGUGGUGCUGUCUCAGCCUGCCGUGGUACAGCUGCAGGCGCCCGGGGUCCUACCCUCUUCCCAGCCUGUCCUGGCGGUCGCCGGGGGAGCCACACAGCUCCCUAAUCACGUGGUCAGUGUGGUGCCGGCCCCUCUGGCCAGUAGCCCAGCGAAUGGAAAACUUUCUGUGGCUAAACCUGUCCUACAGAGCACUGUGAGGAGUGUGGGCUCAGAUAUUGCGGUGCUGAGGAGACAGCAGCGGAUGAUCAAGAACCGGGAGUCGGCCUGCCAGUCCCGCAAGAAGAAGAAGGAGUACAUGCUGGGGCUGGAGGCCCGGCUCAAGGCAGCCCUGUCUGAGAACGAGAAGCUGAGGAGGGAGAACGGGUCACUGAAGCGGCAGCUGGACCAAGUCGUGUCAGAGAACCAGAGGCUUAAAGUCCCUAGUCCAAAGCGAAGAGCCAUCUGUGUGAUGGUGCUGUUGGCGCUCGUCAUCCUGAACUACGGACCCAUCAGCAUGUUGGAACAGGAUUCCAGGAGAGUGAAUCCUAGCAUGAACCCUGCAAAUCAAAGGAGGCAUCUUCUCGGAUUUUCUGCUAAGGAGGACCCGCCCGACAGCAUCAUCCGGAAAGACAGCCACAGUGAGAAAGCCCUGAUGGUGCUGAGUGAGGAGCCGGUGCUCUACGUCCCGCCCCCUCCGUGCCCACCACUUGUCAACGCCACGGAGUCCCUCAGGCUGAACCACGAACUCCGAGGGUGGGUUCACAGACACGAGGUGGAAAGGACCAAGUCAAGAAGAAUGACGAACACUCAGCAGAAAACCCGUAUUCUUCAGGGCGCCCUGGAGCAAGGCUCCGGCUCUCAGCUCGUGGCGGUCCAGUACACAGAGACCAGCAUCAGGAACCCAGGGAGCGAGCUCCAGGUGUAUUACGCGCCCCCCAGAGGUUACCAAGCCUUCUUUGAUGCCAUCCGCAGAAGGGGAGACACAUUUUACGUUGUGUCAUUUCGAAGGGACCACCUGCUGCUGCCAGCGACCACCCACAACAAGACCACGAGGCCGAAGAUGUCGAUCGUGCUGCCGGCAGUGAACGUCAACGAGAACGUGAUCAACGGGCAGGACUACGAGGUGAUGAUGCAGAUCGACUGCCAGGUGAUGGACACCAGGACCCUGCACGUCAAGAGCUCGGCGGUGCCGCCGUACCUUCGAGACCAGCAGAGGAACCAGACUGGCGCCUUCUUCGGCUCCCCGCCCACGGCCACAGAGGCAGCCCGCGUGGUCAGCACCAUCCCGGAGUCCCUGCAGUAGCACCCAGGCUGCGUGGACACCGGACUGGACCCUGCAGGCUGGGUGGGGGGGCUCCCGUCUUCCUGGGGGCAUUCAGGAGCUGCCUCAUGGAUGAGUCGGGGACGGAGAGGAGAGGAGCUGCCCCGCUCCGUGGCCCGUCCCCUGGGAAAGCCCAGGUGCAGACUCCGGGCGGCACCUCCUGGGCACGCUCCCCGCCGUGUGGCUCAAGUAGAUGCUCCUCUCCUCUGAGCGCUUUCCUGUGUGUGUCCUGUUCUGUCUCCUGCCCUCUGCCCUUCCACUCCGACGCCCGUGCACAGCGAGUGUGCGGAGGUCCACGGCCCAGCCUUCUCGCCGCCUCAGUGGGAACCCACCGUGUGCUGGGAACACGUUUCAACCAGAACAGCAGACGCUCCC